UGUUUUGGUGAUUUGCCUCUAGAAAUUGUUGAGGCGGUGAAUGUUCCUCUCAAAAUUCCCUCUUUGUUUUCCCAGGAUAGGUAAGCCCCUUAUCACUCUCCCUGAUUUCACUCUUGUACAGCCUUCUCUCACAAUUCGUAGUUCUCUCCCCCUCAUAAUCGCACACAGCAUAGACGUUUGUUGAUCGUCAGGUUGUCGCCGUUUGCUACUGCUGUGCGAGACCAUCGAUGCUUCAGUCUGCUCCUAUAGGGAAGCUGCAUCAAGCUGGAGUGGGGAAGAAUUUGGGAAAGGAAGGAAUCUGUAACUGUGCUGUUGUGUGGGACCAGUGGUUGUGGCAAAUAGACAUUGUCAGCACUGCUGUCAUGUCUUCAUCUAUUGUAGCGGACAAUGGAUCACAGGCGUCCAGUACCGGACAAUUGGGAAUGCAAGCGCUUGGUGAAGGAUCUGGGUAUGGUCUACCAGAUAUAAGGAUGUUAUUGGACCCCUUGGAAUUCCUUCUUUGCCAGUCAUGGAAAAGAAAUCUGUGGUCCAGAUGUGUGACAAUCUUGUUUUAUAUCUUUGCGAGGAAGUGCACAUAUCAUUUGUAG